GCAGGCCCUCACCGCGCCGGCCCUUGCCCAGCCGCUGCCUGAAGCUGGCCGGUGGCUGGCUCGUCCCAGCCUCCUUCCUUCCUCUUGGCAGGAAAUGGCUUUCCUUCCCUUUGUCCUCACUUUCCCUGCGUACCCAGCUGGGUCUCCGGAGUAAAUAUAAGGGUGGAAGGUCCCUGCGUGCAGCAGGAGGGGAAUUUAGGAACUCGGUCACAUACCGAUGAAUGACCUGCCUGCCCGGGAUGGCUGUGCGACCAAAGAAAAGCGCAGCCCUCUUUCCCCGUGAGAUCUGACCCUUUGAAAAUCCCCAGCUCAGCGUGUCCCUUGGGGCUUGAGGUCCCUGCCGUCACCACUUGGGAGGGGCUUCAGGGCUGCUGACCAGCUGUGAGCAUCUGGCUGGAUAUGCCUUCCGAGAAAGGCAGAUCGGCUUCCGGGAGCAGUGGGUCAGGGUCAGAGCAGGCCAGGAGGUGAACGGGAGUCCUGAAGGUCUGCAGCUGUUCUGGGACCCACCCUGAAGUUCUAAACUCAAGCAGGCUGCCCGGGACCUCCAGGACUAAAUCUUUGCAAGGAGAUUCAGGCUUCCAGGACCCGGCACAAUGGCCUCGAAGCCGGAGAAGAGGGUCGCCUCAUCCGUGUUCAUCACUCUGGUGCCCCCGCGCCGGGACGUGGCCGGGACUGAGGAAGUGAGGAGGGCUGUUGGGGAGGCCAGGCGCAACCGGCCCUGGGAGCCCCCUGCCCCCGUGAAGGCCCCUGGGGCUGGCGCGGCCAGGAAACCCAGCCCCUGGACCCUGCCUGGCAGGGCUGCAGCCGCGGUCCCAGCUGUACGCCCUCAGCUCCCCAAUGGAGGGUGCUCGCUGCCCGCUCCGGCCCUGGACGGCGAGGACGCCCUGGACCUCCGCCCCGGCGCGGCCGGCUCAGCUCAGGCCCGCGGAGGACGAGCUGCCGCCUCCCCCGGAAGAGCCGCUCGGCAUCCCCGAGAGAGAGGCGACCACAGACGUCUGUGCCUUCUGCCACAAGACUGUGUCCCCCCGGGAGCUGGCCGUGGAGGCCAUGAAGAAGCAGUACCACGCCCAGUGCUUCACCUGCCGCAUCUGCCGCCGCCAGCUGGCCGGGCAGAGCUUCUACCAGAAGGAAGGGCGGCCCCUCUGUGAGCUGUGCUACCAGGACACCCUGGAGAAGUGCGGCAGGUGCGGCGAGGUGGUCCGCGACCACAUCAUCAGGGCCCUGGACCAGGCCUUCCACCCGGCCUGCUUCACGUGCGUGACCUGCGCCCGGCGCAUCGGUGCUGAAAGCUUUGCCCUGGACGGCCAGGACCAGGUAUACUGCCUGGACGACUUCUACAGGAAAUUCGCCCCCGUGUGCAGCAUCUGUGAGAAUCCCAUCAUCCCCCGGGACGGGAAGGACGCCUUCAAAAUUGAGUGCAUGGGGAGGAACUUCCACGAGAGCUGCUACAGAUGCGAGGACUGCAGUGUGCCCCUGUCUGUGGAGCCCACCGACCAGGGCUGCUACCCGCUGAACGACCACCUCUUCUGCAAGCCCUGCCACGUGAAGCGCAGCGCUGCCGGCUGUUGCUGAGACCCCGCCAGCUUGCCAGGCCUCGCUGCCUCAGUUUCCCUCCCUGACCCGCCCCCACACACUUUCCUUCCACUCCUCUCCAGGGUGCUGGGGCCCGGCCUCCUCCCAGACAGAGGUGGUGCAGGUCCACAGGGGCCCCCAACUUCUAGCCCCUCUCCCAUGUGGGCACGGGAAGGCUGCUGGCUGUGACUGUCACACCCAGAGCCCCUCCAACCUCUGGACCAAUCCAUUUCGGGCUCUCCCAGUGGCCCCUGUAUCCCAAGGGUACUGGGCCAGCGGUACACGCAGGGCUGAACUGCUGGAGGAAAAUCUCCAAGAUCACUGAAAAAGUGCUUUUUGUAGCCAGGCAUGGUGACACAGCUCUGUAAUCCCAGCACUGGGAGGCUGAGGCAGGAGAAUGGCAGGUUGAAGUCC